CUACCUCCUCCGUCGCUGUCACAACGAGUAGCAUUCCCGCAGAGCAUCGCCAAGUGCUUGUUAUACUUGCAUCCCGUCAAUUGGCUGCACAAAGCCUUCCGAAGCGAGGUGAUCCUUCUUUUCCAGGCGGACGACAACAUUCUGCAGCUAGGUGAACCAUAUCUCACCGGCUUCGACUUCUCCAGGAGGGCGUGUUGGGAUGGGUCAUCUGCGCCUAAGCCUAGGUACGGAAGUAUACCUACAUCCAGAUGCCCAGUUUAAUCGACCUCCGUUGUAUUAUCGCAAGACAUUUGACAUCUACAGCCUGGGCAUUGUGCUUAAAAAAAUAUCCUAUUGGAAACCCAUUGUUUCAAUCGUGGGAAUCGAAAAUGAUGCCGAUAGCUCUCCGCUGUCCACGAGCACACUCAGAACUAGGCUCCUCGACAAUAAGUCUUCUUUGCUUGCGGGUGUCAGAGCGGAGGCAGGUGACAGGUUCGAAGCGGCUGUCAAAGCCUGCAUCGAGGGCAGAGACGCAUAUGGGAUCCACUGUGCUGAUCGUGAAACGAGUGCUGGUACGAGCAUAAAGAUACAGCAGGGAUUCACCUCGCUCGCCGUGAGGGUUCUGGACGAGAUCGUGGUCUGA